AUGGCAACUGUCGCGGUGGCACAGCCAGCUGUGGGCAAUGGCGAGAAAGACGCCAAGCGAAGGCGCUGCGAGGAAGUAGAUGGCGUUCGCCCGUCCUUCAUGGAGCGGUUUUUUGCCAAGUACGAGUUUACCUGCAAGUACAUGGUCAGUUGCUCGGACUGCGAAGCCUGGACCACCAGGGAAGUCCUCGCUGCAGCCGACGCCGAGUGCCAGAAGAUGUGGGACUCAUCCACUCUUGGUUACACGGAGUCGCUUGGACAUCCAACGCUCCUGGAACAAAUCAGGAAGCACUAUGCUUAUCGGCUGGAAAAGGAGCCGGCGCUGGUUCCCCUGCAGAUCACAACCUGCGUCCCUGUUGAGGGCAUUUUCGCCGCCAUGACCUCCCUUCUCUCCGAGGGCGAUCAGAUCGUGACCAUGAUGCCUGCAUAUCAGGCACUCUAUGAGAUUGCCCGCAGCAAGCGCUGCCGCCUGCUCAGUUGGGCACCGUACUUCGACCAGCAGGGCUUUUGGGAAUUCCGGCUUAGCGAUUUGCAGACGCUGCUGGACCAGAAUGUCAGUUUUGAGGCGCCGCUGAGAAUGUUGGUGAUCAACUCCCCCCACAAUCCCACGGGUGCUGCGUUCGACCAAAGUCAGUUGGACGCAGUCUCCGAGAUGCUGAUGAAGCUGCCACAAGCAGAGCCGGCUGUGCUCUUCUCCGAUGAGAUGUAUGGUGACAUGCUCGGUCCACACGCGCCGAGCAUGGUGGGCAAAAGGAAUGCCAUGGUACUGUCUGGCUUAUCGAAGCCAUGGGGAAUGCCCGGGCUGCGCAUGGGCUGGCUGGUAUGUUCCGACAAGAAGCACUUUGACAGCAUCACCUCCCUGCGCGACUACACCACGCUUUGCCUACCUCCACACAGCGAGAUCCUCUCCAUCAUCGCGUUGCGCAAUCCAGAUUCUUUCUUGUCGCGCAACCGCGACAUUGCGGCGAAGAACUACCAAGUCUUGCAGUCUGUACUGCAGUCUUUGCCUCAGUGGUUCUAUCCACUGAACCAACAUCGGCACAACGAUCGCCUCACCAACUGGCGUGCAACUGUUGUCUUCGCCCGGCUGAAGUUCCCUCUCGGUGGAGUGGCGGACAGUGCUUCCCCCAGGCUCAAGUCGGCCGCCGCUCUUGCCGAGUACCUUGCGCAGGAGCACAGCAUUUGCAUGGUCGUCAGCGACUUCUUCGAAUUCGAAAGCUUCCCGUGCGUGCGCUUCGGCAUAGGCCGCGAGGGCUUCACAGAGGCCUUGCAGAAGCUGAAGACGGCUUUGGAGUCCAUAGCCAAGUGA